AUGGUGUUGGGGCUGAAACCGACGUGCGCUGCCAAGGGCCGGGAAAAGAAUGAGGACCGCCUGGCCCGUGAGCAGGCGCUGGAUGGACACUGGUUUCAAGCUGCCUUCUCACCGGUGUCGGACCCUUCAAAGUACUUGGUCUGGGAUGCUGCCGCUCACAAGACAGCAGGCUGGGAGUGGAAAACUAUUGCUGUCGGAGUUGCGGUAGCUGCUGCAUGCUGUCUCCAGCGGCACUUGACUUUUGUGCCUGGGCCUCGGCAUGCUGCUCCAGUGGCAGCAGCAGCAGCCAGCAUGAUGAUGGCUCCUGCGGCUUUUGCUGAUGAGAUCGGCGAUGCUGCAAAGAAGCUUGGGGAUGCUUCCUACUCUUUUGCCAAGGAAGUGGACUGGAACAAUGGCAUUUUCCUGCAGGCCCCUGGCAAGUUUCAGCCCCUGGAAGCUUUGAAAGCCAUUGACAAGAUGAUCGAAAUGGGGGCAGCCGCAGAUCCAAAGCUUCUGAAGGAGGCAGCAGAAGCACAUCACAAGGCCAUUGGGAGCAUCAGCGGGCCAAAUGGUGUGACAUCGCGCGCUGACUGGGAUGCCGUGAAUGCAGCCCUUGGCCGUGUAAUCGCUUCAGUCCCCAAAGCAAAGGUCAUGGCUGUUUAUGAUUCAGUGAAAGCCAUCACGGACCCCGGAGUGCCAGCUUACAUGAAGUCCUUGGUGAACGGACCCGAUGCCGAGAAGGCCUACCAAGGAUUCCUGGAAUUCAAGGAUGUUGUUGAAAAGAACCAGGUGGCUACUGCAAGUGCUCCUGCAGUUGUGCCUUCCGGAGACAAAAUUGGUGAAGCUGCAAAAGCGUUGUCCGAUGCAUCCUAUCCUUUCAUCAAGGACAUCGAUUGGCUGUCGGACGUUUACCUGAAGCCCCUGCCCGGCAAGACUGCCCCAGAGACGCUGCAAGCCAUUGACAAGAUGAUUGUGAUGGGUGCCAAGAUGGAUGGCAACCUCUUGAAGGCAGCAGCAGAGGCACACCACAAGGCCAUUGGCAGUAUUGAUGCCACCGGCGUGACGUCCGCGGCCGACUACGAAGCUGUGAAUGCAGCCAUUGGGCGCUUGGUGGCAUCCGUGCCCAAGUCCACUGUGAUGGAUGUGUACAAUUCGAUGGCCAAGGUCGUUGAUUCCAGCAUCCCCAACAACAUGUUUUCAAAGGUGAAUCCAUUGGAUGCAGUGGCUGCUGCCAAGGGUUUCUACACCUUCAAAGAUGUUGUUGAAAACUAUUGCUGUCGGAGUUGCGGUAGCUGCUGCAUGCUGUCUCCUGUCGGAGUUGCGGUGGCUGUUGCCUGCAGUGUCCAGCAGCACUUGAAUUUUGUGCCUGGGCCUCGGCAUGCUGCUCCAGUGGCCGCAGCAGCAGCCAGCAUGAUGAUGGCUCCUGCGGCUUUUGCUGAUGAGAUCGGCGAUGCUGCAAAGAAGCUUGGGGAUGCUUCCUACUCUUUUGCCAAGGAAGUGGACUGGAACAAUGGCAUUUUCCUGCAGGCCCCUGGCAAGUUUCAGCCCUUGGAAGCUUUGAAAGCCAUUGACAAGAUGAUCGAAAUGGGGGCAGCCGCAGAUCCAAAGCUUUUGAAGGAGGCAGCAGAAGCACAUCACAAGGCCAUCGGGAGCAUCAGCGGGCCAAAUGGUGUGACUUCGCGCGCUGACUGGGAUGCCGUGAAUGCAGCCCUUGGCCGUGUAAUCGCUUCAGUCCCCAAAGCAAAGGUCAUGGCUGUUUAUGAUUCAGUGAAAGCCAUCAUGGACCCCGGAGUGCCAGCUUACAUGAAGUCCUUGGUGAACGGACCCGAUGCCGAGAAGGCCUAUCAAGGAUUCCUGGAAUUCAAGGAUGUUGUUGAAAAGAACCAGGUGGCCACUGCCAGUGCUCCUGCAGUUGUGCCUUCCGGAGACAAAAUUGGUGAAGCUGCAAAAGCGUUGUCCGAUGCAUCCUAUCCUUUCAUCAAGGACAUCGAUUGGCUGUCGGACGUUUACCUGAAGCCCCUGCCCGGCAAGACUGCCCCAGAGACGCUGCAAGCCAUUGACAAGAUGAUCGUGAUGGGUGCCAAGAUGGAUGGCAACCUCUUGAAGGCAGCAGCAGAGGCACACCACAAGGCCAUUGGCAGUAUUGAUGCCACCGGCGUGACGUCCGCGGCCGACUACGAAGCUGUGAAUGCAGCCAUUGGGCGCUUGGUGGCAUCCGUGCCCAAGUCCACUGUGAUGGAUGUGUACAAUUCGAUGGCCAAGGUCGUUGAUUCCAGCGUCCCCAACAACAUGUUUUCAAAGGUGAAUCCAUUGGAUGCAGUGGCUGCUGCCAAGGGUUUCUACACCUUCAAAGAUGUUGUUGAGGCUUCCCAGCGAUGAAGGUAAAGACCAUCAGCAUGAAUCUUGAAGAUUCGACGUUGCUUCAAUAUGCUUUAACAGAACACUUUUUAUAAAUGUAUAGUCAAUAGUUACAGACAUCUGUACUAGUUUCUUGACGAGGCGGGAACCUCUGGAGCAAAUGAAAAAACACACUUGCCGGGCGUACAUCUGAUGACUUAGCAUGCUCCGUGUCUUCAUGGACAGAUACACAAUUCUAAUCCCACGAACAGCUUUGGGGACUGAUUCCGGU